UUAUGAUAGGGAUCCCCACUGCAUCGCUAAUCCCAGCUUUUGCUAAUCCCUAAGAAAACGAACAGUAAAUUGUUGGUUGAAAAAACACGAUUAAAGAAAGCCAAAACGCCUAGUACGGCAGUGCUGCGAGGGAAGAACUGAUUAUUAAGCCCAGGAUAGCGGCCUGGAUCAUUUACUGCCGAAGCAAGCGUCGCCCCCGCUCGGACAGAGACCGUUUUGGCGAGGGCAGGAGGUUUUAGAGCGGUGGGUGAGGCCGGCAUGGCUCAGCCUGGGGCCAGAAGUGAGUGGGGCAGCAGAGAAGUGACUGUUGGCGGAGCCUCCAGGCGCCCGGCCCCGCGGGGCCGUUUCCGGGCCCCGCCAGCUCCGCAGGCCUAACCCUGCCGGGGCGGGAGAGGCGAGGGCGCAGGCGGCCGCGCGGGCUCUGCCCUGCGGCGCGUCACACGCCGGGCCGGUGACCAUGGCAGGAAGCGAGCCACGCAGCGGAGCCAGCUCCCCGCCGCCGGCCGCCAGCGACUGGGGCCGCCUGGAGGCCGCCAUCCUCAGCGGCUGGAGGAACUUCUGGCAGUCGGUGGGUAAGGAGAGGGCGGCGAGGACGGCCGAUCGCGAGGAGGCGGAGGAGGAGGCCAGCUCCCUGAGUAGGCUGCCGAUCGACGUACAGCUUUACAUAUUGUCCUUUCUCUCUCCUCAUGAUCUGUGUCAGCUGGGAAGCACAAAUCAUUACUGGAAUGAAACUGUACGAGAUCCAAUUCUGUGGAGAUUUUUUCUCUUGCGAGAUCUUCCUAGGUGGUCUUCUGUUGACUGGAAGUCGCUUCCAGAUCUAGAAAUCGUAAAAAAGCCCAUCUCUGAGGUCGCUGAUAGUGCAUGUUUUGACUACAUGGCCGUCUAUAAAAUGUGCUGUCCAUAUACAAGAAGAGCCUUGAAAUCCAGCCGCCCUGUGUAUGGAGCUGUCACCUCUUUUUUGCACUCAUUGAUCAUUCAGAACGAGCCACGGUUUGCUAUGUUUGGACCAGGUUUGGAAGAACUGAAUACAUCUUUGGUGUUGAGCUUGAUGUCUUCUGAGGAACUUUGCCCGACAGCUGGUUUGCCACAGAGGCAGAUUGAUGGUAUUGGAUCAGGAGUCAGUUUUCAGUUGAGCAACCAACAUAAAUUCAACAUCCUGAUAUUAUAUUCAACUACCAGAAAAGAGAGAGACAGAGCCAGAGAAGAGCAUACAAGUGCAGUUAACAAGAUGUUCAGUGUACAGAGUGAAGGAGAUGAUCAGCAAGGAAGCCGGUACAGUGUGAUUCCACAAAUUCAGAAGGUGUGUGAAGUUGUGGAUGGGUUCAUCUACGUUGCAAAUGCUGAAGCUCAUAAAAGACAUGAAUGGCAAGAUGAAUAUUCUCGUAUUAUGGCAAUGACAGAUCCAGCCUUUGGGUCUUCAGGCAGACCCAUGCUGGUUUUAUCUUGUAUUUCUCAAGCAAGUAUCAAAAGAAUGCCCUGUUUUUAUUUGGCCCAUGAGUUGCAUCUGAAUCUUCUAAACCACCCAUGGAUGGUCCAGGAUACAGAGGCUGAAAGUCUCACUGGCUUUUUGAAUGGCAUCGAGUGGAUUCUUGAAGAAGUGGAAUCUAAGCAUGCAAAAUAAUUCUCCUUUUGGACCGGAACCAUUAAACCUGUAUUACUGAUGCCAUGAUGUGGACUUUUGCUCAGUUAGCUCACUUUAUCCUGCCCUUUUGCAGGUGGGCUUUAUAUUGGACAGUUGUAGCUGCCAUGUUUUUGAUAUUAUUUUUACUUUCUACCUUAAAUCAAUUAUAAGAAGAGUUUCAGUCUUACUAUUUAGCCUCCAAAUGAACCUAUAAGUAUGUUUUUUGAUAAUUUUUAUAUUUCCUGUCUUUUUACAAUAUUAAAUUGUGGGGAAAAUAAAGUUUGUGCCUCUCUCA